CGGCGCGGCGGAUGCCGGCGGUCCCUGCGGCUGUGCCGGCCCGCAGCGCUUCCCUCGCCUCCCUAUGGGACGGCCCACCCCCCGCCGCGUGUCCCCCAGGAGCCCCCGCAGGUCCCGUCCCCAUGGCCCACGAGGACGAGGCGCGGGGCGGCCGUCAGCUCGCCGCCCAGGAGCCGGAGUGCCAGAUCUGCUACAGCCGCUACGACGCCCGCGCCCGCCGACCCACGGUGCUCCUCUGCGGCCACCGCCUCUGCGCCCGAUGCCUGCGCCGGAUGGUGGCCCUGGGGGACGCGUCGCCCCGACGGCUCCGCUGCCCCUUCUGCCGCCGGCAGAGCCCGGUGCCCGGCGGGGACGCGCAACGGCCGCAGGACGACGGCGAAGGGCCGGCGCCGCCGACGCGCUGUGAGCGGGACCCCCCCUCGCCCCCCGAGGUCCUGCUGUCCCCCAGCGUGCUGCAGCCCUCGCCCGGCCCGGACUGCCUGGUGCUCACCAUCCUGGAGGUGCCCGCGGGCGCGGUGCCCACGGAGGCGCUGGGCGCGCUGGAGGUGGUCCGGCUGCAGAGCCGGCGGAAGAGCCGCGCCCGGAGGUGCCGAGCCGCCCCGCGCUGCCUGCUGGGCACGCUGUGCCUGCUGUACUGCAGCUCCCUGCCCCUCGGCAUCUACCUGCUGCUCAGCCAGCACCACGGCCUGGGCCUCGCGCUCGUCAGCCUCCUGCCCGCCGCCCUCCUGCUCUGCGUCUCCUGCAGCCUCUGCCAGUGCCUGUGCCGGGAGCUCUGCGCCUUCCCCUCACCCUGACCGCGCGGCCGAGCCCUGCGCCCGUGCUGGGGACACGUCGGAGCGCGUUGUCCUGGUGCUGAGCGCCAGCCGCGUGCAGCGCUGCCAUCCUCUACUGCUUGCAGCCUGCGAGCGUUCAGCCGGGUCUCGGCUCCUUCUGCUCUGCAGAUGAGGGCGGCUCGAGGCUCGGUGCUCACCUGGAGGGGCCCCAGCGGCGGCCGCAGCCCGGCACACGCAGGAGAAACGGGGGGUCCUGCGGCCGGACUGGCACCAGCUCCCCCA